GCUAUAAAAGAGAACGUGGUUCACAGGGGGACCAAACAAACGGCCAAACCCUUCGUCAGGAUGUACAAGGUAGUCAUAUACUUUGCUGCGCUAGUUGCUGUUGCUGUUGGCAGGCCGCAGGAUGUGUCGACCACUCCGAUCCCGAUUUUGAAAUACGAAAACCCAGGCGUCAACCACGACGGAUCCUACAAAUGGGCGUAUGAAACCGGCAACGAAAUCGUAGCCGAGGAGACAGGAUACGUGAAGAACUUCGGACAAGGGGAGCCGAACGAAAUCCAGACUGCAGUCGGUUCCUACUCCUACACCGCUCCCGACGGCACCAGGAUCACCUUGACGUACACCGCCGACGAGAACGGGUUCGUGCCCCAGGGCGACCAUCUCCCGACUCCUCCGCCAGUCCCGGAAGCGAUCCAACGGGCUCUCGAAUUCAUAAAGAGCAUGCCGCAGCAUCAGGACAACAACGAGGCCGCCUCCGAGAACAAGCCGGCUAGGUACUGAUCCGACAACUGCUCAAUACUCAUGCCAAAGUCCAACUGCACAGUUACCAUAAAAACUAUGUCUAUUUUGUAAUUUGUUUUAUGUAAUAUAUCUUUUAAAAAAAAUCA